AAUUUUUUUACACUUAUUUCUGUCUGAAAGUACAAAUACAAACGUUUUAGUGUCCUUUAAUGUUUUUAACGACGUAAAUAAGGUUUUAUUUUGAAGUUCAGGAAGCGCGUCGCCGCCUGUCUCUUUAAGGUGUGUGUGUGGGGGGGGGCGUGUCUGUGUUUAAACACACACUGCUGUUGAGCCUGUGCUGGAUUGCGUCGGAUGUGUUUGCGUCUCUUCGGCUCGGCCGCUGCGGGACGCGGUGUUUUAGUCUCCCCGGUCCGCCUUCAACCAGCCUCGGAACCGGCACCUCUGUCGCACUGAUCGCCACCAUGGACCUGCACAUACUGGACCACAGACUCCGGGUCACCAGCAUUUCCAAAAAGGGACUGGUGCGUUUCACACACGCGCUUAUCAAGCUCAUCUUCCUCCGGAACCGGACUCGCUGCAAGUUCUUCAGUUUGACGGAGACACCCGAGAACUACACGGUGGUCCUGGACGAGGAGGGCUUCAAAGAGCUCCAGCCUUCAGAGCACCUGCAGGUGGAGAGCUCCAUCUGGCUGCCACUCAACGUGGUCUGUAACGGCAACGCGUCCAGCAGUUCGCAGGCGGUGGGCGUGACCAAGAUCGCCAAGUCUGUGAUCGCACCGCUGGCCCAGCAGCACGUGUCCGUCUUCAUGCUGUCCACCUACCAGACCGACUUCAUCCUGGUGCGGGAGAAGGACCUGUCGGUGGUCAUCGGCACUCUGGAGGAGGAGUUCAACAUCUUCAGGGAGGUGGGCGGAGAAUCAGUGCCGGUCCACGGCCAGGACGUGUCCAACGGGCUGCAUGGCAACGGCAGGGAGGCACUGCAGCCCACCCUACACCCGGUUCUGAUCCCUCACAACCAGUUCUGUGUCAUGUCCCUGGACCCAGACACGCUGCCCUCCGUCGCCACCAUCCUCAUCGACGUCCUCUUCUAUUCCGGCGGGUCCAGAGAGGAGGCUCAGGCGUCUCCAGGUCCGGACCUGGACUGCAUCACGUUCUUCUCCUUCUCGCUUAUCGACGGCUACGUGUCCCUGGUGAUGGACACGGACGCCCAGAGACGGUUUCCCGCCGACCUGCUCUUCACCAGCUCGUCCGGCGAACUGUGGCGGAUGGUGCGGAUCGGAGGGCAGCCGCUGGGCUUCGACGAGUGCGGGAUCGUGGCGCAGAUUUCUCAACCGCUCGCUGACGGCGACAUUUCCGCGUACUACAUCAGCACCUUCAGCUUCGACCACGCCCUGGUCCCAGAGGAGGACAUCAGCAGCGUGACGGAGAUGCUGCAGCACCAGAGGACAGACGCCAGCUGACCUCUGACCUCUUCAGCAAGUGCUGCCGCCUCUGCUGCUGCUGCUGCCGCUGCGUCUGCUCUCCUGCAGGGGGCGACGCGGAGACUGUGCCUUGACUAGAGAUGCAGAACACGUGAGCAAAGGCCACUAGAGGGCGCCACGCUUACAUCUUGAAUGCUGUCGAUCCUAGAAAACACACACACACAACCUGGUAGCCAGGAAUAUAGAGGUCCACACACACACACACACACACACACACACACACACACACACACACACACACACACACACACACACACACACACACACACUGAC